GACAUGCCCGCAGACAAACCUCGGAACAAGAGUUUCCGGACCUCAUGGAGCACAAUGCCAACUCGAAGAAGCAGAUCAGCGGCAGCAUGUGUGCAUUGUCGCGAGAAAAAGAGCAGGAAAAUGAGAUCCUUCGACAGAAAUGUGCCCAGCUCCGAAACAACAACACCACUUCUGCUGGAAGGGUUCAAUCUGAACCGGAACAUUCUAUUGUAUCGGAAAGCACUCCACGUACUCCAUUGCCAUUCUCGAGAGUAACGGGUAUUGGUCUCUCGCGGAAUGACUCUUCCUCCACUUCAACUAGAGGUGUAUCACACCCAGAAGUACCGGAGAACGACCGCCGAAACACGUCAUUGUACCAUGGCCCAACAAGUACAGUGUAUGAUGAUACAAGUACGGACCACAAUGAGCAUAGUAGAGCAGGUCAAUGGAACGAAGAGGGAACGCGGCAUUUUCUCUUUUCACAGACAGCGAGGCAGAGCAAGUCGGAUCUCAUGUAG